GGGAGCAAUUGGGAUAGUCGGGUUCAGCUUGAGAUACACAGAAAUGCCCUCGAAAAGAUCGAAGCUCCUCCCAUCCGGAGGAAUGGAAUAUAAACCCGCCAACAAGGAGAAAAGAAAAAUACUACACAUCAAACGCAAGAAGGCCAAAGAUUCACAGUCCCGCGCAGAACGAUUCGCAAGGAAGAAAGAGGAGGCCAAGAACCCAAAGCUCAAAGCUGAGCGGCUACGACGGAAUAUACCCCUUACGCUCGAGAGGAAACGAAUAUGGGAUGAUGUUGGUAGCGAUGUUGAAGACGGGCUCGGAGCAAGCUUCGAUGUGGAGCGGGUUAAACGACUAAAGCUAGAAGAGGAGUCACGGCAAGCGAAGGUCGAUGAAAUUAAUGCUGCAAAUGGCUCUGGAGAGCAGGCUGGCGAAGGUAAAGGUGCUGAUGGAGAUGAUGAGGUGGACAGCAUGAUCGCUUCUGAUAGCGACGAAGACGACACGGAUGAGCAAGCCCAGGACCUCAAAUCUACCCACAAGCGGAAAUCAAACCUUCCAUCCGCAACAGAGCGCGCAACAAGCCCUACUCAAUCCAGCAGAAGCACGAACCUCGAUCUCGCACCCGACGCCCUCGCCGCAAAAUUCCCCUCCCUAUUCACCAAAGGACCACCUCCGACCCCAAAAAUCUUGAUCACUACCUCCAUCAACUCUACCUUGCAUGCGCAAGCCCAUCUCCUGACCGAUUUAUUCCCUAACAGCGUAUAUAUUCGCCGCUCCGCCCAUAAACAUUCCCAUAAAUAUUCCGUGAGAGAAAUAUCCAAAUUUGCUUCGAACCGAAAAUUCACAGCCGUUGUGGUUGUGGAAGAAGACCAAAAGCGCGUGUCAGGGAUAACGAUUGUUCACCUCCCCGUAGGUCCAACAUUCCACUUCAGCGUCAGCAACUGGAUAGAGGGCAAAAAACUACCUGGACAUGGCAAUUCGACAGGCCACUGGCCCGAGUUGAUCCUGAAUAAUUUCCGAACCCCGCUUGGAAUGCUUGCCGCACAUCUGUUCCAGUCGCUCUUCCCGCCACAACCUGAGUUAGAAGGCCGGCAAGUGGUGACUCUACAUAACCAGCGUGAUUAUAUAUUCGUAAGACGGCACAGAUACGUGUUUCGCGAGAAACGUGAGACGGAGAAAAGUGUAGUGGGACCCGAUGGGAAGGAGAUGAAGGGAGUGGAGGGAGUGAGAACUGGCUUGCAAGAGCUCGGGCCGCGGUUUACGCUCAAGCUGAGGAGGAUUGAUAAAGGAAUACAACGGGCCAGCGGACAGGAAUGGGAGUGGAAGGGUGGGAUGGAGAAACAGCGGACCAAAUUCCAGCUAUAA